UUCACCGGGACCACUAGAAGUGGAAGACCAACGCGUGCCAGCUCGCGUUACGCGGACGAUGACACGGGUGGAGUUGGAGGUGGAGGUGUAGGUGGAGGUGGAGGACGUGGUGGAGGUGGAGGACGAGGUGGAGGUGGAGGACGAGCUGGAGGACGAGGCGGAGGCGGAGGUGGAGGACGAGGACGAGGUGGAGGUGGAGGACGAGGACGAGGUGGAGGUGGACCUUUCCUUGGUGACAUACCCUCUGCUUCUGGUGACGUGGCUUCCCAGUCCGCUCACACACAGUCUACUGAGGGGGAGAUGGAGGUGGAGAUGGAGGUGGAGAUGGAGGUGGAGGGGCAGGACGAGGAGGCGGAGAGGGAGAUGGCGCCGAAGAAGUUGCGCAUUCGUGGUGAAGCGCAAGUCCCUGAUGAGAGGAGGGAGCCUACUAGCCAGGAUGCGAAAGCCCUCAUCAUCCCGAACGAAAAAGACAAUUGGACAUAUGACAAGGGGGUUCUCCAGCCGUCGAGCAUGAUUGGAGCUCUUAUUAGGCAGUACUGGCCGGGCUUUUACACUCCGGUCCCCGGCGGCGAGAAGAAGCUAGCCGAGACUUGGGCGGACUAUGAGGCAGCUCCUUGCCCGGGCUUUGGGACAGCUUCUGACGCCGUGUACACCAAGUUUUGGACCCAUUAUAAGGUGCCUGAUGAUAUGGUUGAGCAAGGGAGGGCGGUACUGACUAGGGCUUGUCAGAGGUUGACAAGGCAACAGUGGUACAAUCAGAAGCAUACCUGCAUCGGGCACUUCAAGGCUGAGCAGGGCACGAGGGUCAAGAAAGCUGACAAUAUCAGGGACGAUCCUCAGCUGACAAAGGAAGAUUACUUCAAGGUUAUGCCCCUAUGGUGCGAGAAUAAGGAAGACGCAUUUGAGGCCUUGGUAGCGAGGUGGGUUGGCGAAGACGCCGACUUCAACGCCAAGAGCGCGCGCAACAAGGCAAACCGGGGCACUGGAGGAACACACAAGUGCGGGAAGCCGCAGCACCGAGCGCUACAGAAGCACAAGGAGGCGGAACUCGGGGAGCCUCUCACCGAGGUGGGAGGGUGGCGAGAAGAUGAAGCCGAAGCAGCCCGAUCCGAGCCAGCCUCAGCCCUCGCUGCCGAGUACUUCGGCUAUGCCGAAGAGGAGUUGGAGAAGUACUGCUCGGUGUUCAAGGGUCUUCAUCCGGAGGUGGAUGAUCCUAUUGAGCAGGAGACCGACUUGAUGGCGAUUAUGGUGGCGGGGAGCGGCGCGGAGCAUGGCCGCACGAAGCUUCUUAGUGGGGCUCACUUUGAGGCCGCCUACGCGGCCGCUUAUGAGAAGUAUUUGACGGUUGUAGCAGAGUGGGACCUCAAGAGAGCGGCUUGGGAAGAGUACCAGGAGGCGACGAGUCGGCACGGGAAGUUCGCGGAACCGACCCUCUCCCGGUUCGUCGCGCGAGGGCACACCGAUGCACCCCGGCCGCCAUUCUCCCGGUGCUUCAGGGUUUUCACUGCUGGCGAUGGUUCAGGCCAUGGUUCUACUUCGGUCUACCUCGACAAAGGCCGGACGCCUGAAUUUACGAGUCGGGAACUUGGUUGGACCCCCUGA